CCAAAUCCAACCACUUCCUUGUACGUCUCCAUUCAUAGUUCCUGUUUCUGGUCGUUGUUUUCUGAGAAACUCAGCUCCAAUCCAGUAACAUAUUCAACACACAAAAUAACAGUAAGAAAGCUGAAACUUAUUACUGUUUCACCACCACAUGUGUGUAUUUAAGAUUUCAUCUUUCACUGUAUAAACAUAAAAAAAACACCAUGCUCUUGUUAGUUUUUAAGCAGCUUAUGUUUCAAGAUUCAAUAGCUUAGGUGGAUAUUGAUAUUAUUGGCUUGAUCCCUUACAAGGCUCCACCUGAAAAUUCAUGGCAUCCACAAUUUUUUUCCUUCUUUUAUUAUUAUCCCUUCUGUUAAUUCCAAGCAGUGGUGAUCUCCAACAUCAGGAAGAGGGUUUCAUCUCUGUGGUCAUAUCUGAUAAGGGCCUUGAUUUUGCCAAGGAUUUUCUCAUAGAAAAAGCUAUUGCCUCUAUUGUUGUGUCUCAGCUGCCACAGAUUGAGAAGUCUGUGCAAGUCCCACUUGUUGGAAAAGCUAAAGUGGUUCUUUCUGACAUCACAAUCCAAGGUAUCCAAGUAAAUUCUUCAUCUGUUAAGACAGGAGAUACAAGCAUUGUUCUGGUCGUUUCAGGUGCCACUGCCAAUAUGAGUUUCAAUUGGAGGUAUAGUUGCAGCAGUUGGUUAAUCCCAAUUGGAAUUUCGGAUAGUGGGACCGCCACUGUGGAGGUUGAAGAUAUGCAAGUGGGACUUACUGUAAAUUUAAGGAACCAAGAAGGAACUCUUAAGUUGAUUCUCUUAGAUUAUGGAUGUGAUGUUGGAGACUUAUCUAUAAAGUUGAACGGUGGAGCAGCUUGGCUUUAUCAAGUGCUAGUAGAUGCUUUUGAAGGGAACAUAGCAUCUGCAGUUGAAGAGGUCAUUUCUAAGAAAAUAAAAGAAGGGAUAGCUACGCUUGACAAUUUAUUGCAAUCUCUUCCGAAGACAAUAUCAUUAGACAAAACUGCUGUUCUAAAUGUUACUUUCGUGGACAAUCUAGUGCUGAGUAAUUCUUCUAUUGAAAUUCAAAUUAAUGGUUUAUUCUCAGGGACAAAUGAAGUUUUAGUACCUCAAGUUUACCACAGAGGAUUAGACAUUUCUGAUUCCUCUGGUGGUUUACCAAAGAUGAUAAAGGUUUCGUUACAUGAAGAUGUUUUCAAAUCCGCUUCCUUAGUUUACUUCACUGCAGAUAAUUUGCAAUGGAUUGUUGAUGAACUACCUGAUCAGGCCCUUUUGAACACAGCUGAAUGGAGAUUCCUUAUUCCUCAAUUAUACAAGCAAUAUCCAAAUGAUGACAUUAGUCUUAAUAUCUCUGCAUCUUCUCCUCCAGUUAUAGACGUGACAAACAAAGAUAUGGAUGCUACCCUUUUCAUAGAUAUAACAAUUUAUGUUCUGGAAGCUGGUGAAGUCAUACCUAUUGCAUGCAUCUCAGUGGAUAUUAGUGCUUCAUGUGCUGUGGAUAUUGUCGGAAACAAUCUUACUGGUUGGCUUAAAUUGAGAAAGUUUUCCACAUACUUGAAAUGGAGCAAAAUAGGGAAACUGCACAUGCAUGUGAUUCAGUCAGUGACGUCAACUGUCCUCAAAACCGUCCUCAUACCAUACCUAAACUCGCAGUUAAAGAGGGGGUUUCCAUUGCCAAUUGUUAAUGGUUUUGCCCUUGAGAAUGCUCGUGUAUUGUAUGCUCAGCCAUGGAUUGCAGUGUGUAGUGAUGUUUCCUUCUUAGGAGAAUACCAUCUCAGACAGCUACCAACUUACGUAUCAUAAAACUACUCUCAGAGAUUUGUCUGCUGUGUACUUGUUGUGUUGAUAAGGGAAUGAGAAACUUGUCAAGAUGGCUAUGAAGAGUGAAUAACAAACAUGCAGAGAAGUCCAUUCCUUAGCUUCUUUUAUGUAUUCCAUCUUUAUUCUUUAGUUUAGCUUUGGUUUUAACCUUUGUAAAUCAUGCUGUCCUGAAGAUUACUUCUUGUAAAUUUUGCCAGCAGUCAAACCUCCUUAUUGGAAUGUCAUACAGGCUCUUUAUUAUUUUAA